GAACUUCACCGCCAACUUGAACCUGUGAGAGCCACUGUCGACGGGAGACUCGAGACUUUGAUAGGGGCAUAUACAGCACUCGCGCUCGUGCAAUCACCAUCAGCAACUAGCGACCGAGAACCAGAAUGCAGAAGGCAGCAAUGGCGAGCAUCACCGCACCCCGGCACACCAUCCACACCAUCCACGGCUCCCUCGCCGGCAAGCCGCUCCUCUGGGACGCCCCCUUAUCCGGCCUACCCCACCACAAGCCCAACCACCCACCGCGCUCGAGCACCAGCGCGCCCCCGCGCAUAUCCGUCUCCUUCCCCACAUCUCCCUUCUCUCCGUCCGAGUCCGAGGCGGAAGCGCUCUCGUGGAAAGUCGUCCGCCGGCCCACGAAAGCCCGGCGCGCGCCCCCGCCCCCGCCCGCGUCGGUGAAGGCGAAGGCGGACAUGGACGCGGCGCUCGACCCGUUCGCGGACGAGAUGACCGAGUACGUCACGCUCGACGCGCCGAUCGAGAUCCACAUCCACCCGGCGCCGUCCAUACCCCCCGCCCCCUCCCCCUCUCCGUCUCCACCCUCGCAUUCGCUUCCCUCGCCGAGCUUUAGCGCUCCCUCACCCUCGCCGCUGUACCAGCCGCCGGGCCUCGCGUGCCCCCCGCCGGACCCCGCGAAGGAGCACGCCGCGCGCCUCAAGUUCGUCGCGGGCAUGCUAAUGUACCGCGUGCACUGCCAUGUGCGCCCGCUGAGGAGGUGGCCCGGGGAGAGGCAGCGGGGGUACGUGCGGAGCGGGCUGUCGAGGGUCGUGGCAGUUGGGGAGUGAGGGUAAGGCAGGGAGGAGAGGGGGAAUUGUAUGUUCUUGAUUAAUGAAUGGGUAAUGGGAGAGAGGGGUGUACUCGUAUACGUAUACUUAUCCAUCGUGUAUUCUACGGCAGCAAUCCAUCGCGCAUCACAUCACAUCUCCUACGCCGCAUGUCGUCCGUCUCCCGGCCUGGGGUUGUACACGGUACGUUCCCCUCCCCUCCGCAGCCGCCGUUUACAGGACUCGCAUAUAUGAUACCGAUCUCGUACGUCCCUUGCUCAUCGGUACUCACCGGUCCUCACACAUGCGACCCCACCUGC